AUAGAAGCGGACAAGAUGGAGAUAGAGCGAGUGCCGUUCGACCCGCGAGUGGAGGUGGACGAUGUGAUGGGCAUGUUCAGCGAGCGCGUGCGUGCCAAGCAGGUGCACCUCGCCUCGCUCGUUGCCCCCGCGGUCCCCGACGUGCUGCUGGGCGACCCGGGCCGCUUCCGCCAAGUGCUCGUGAACCUCAUAGGUACACACGGUGCAAGCUGUUCCGCCAAGUGCGUUCUCAAGUCGACUUGGACAGAAACCGCCACGCAGGUGCACCUCGCCUCGCUCGUCGCCCCCGCGGUCCCCGACGUGCUGCUGGGCGAUCCGGGGCGGUUCCUGAGGCGCCCCUUAAGCAUUCGCGGGCGCCUCAAAUGCCCUUCCCUUCCCCGCCCCCCCCCGACCUGUUCGUCCCCUGCUCCCCCUCCGCUGCUGCCCGUCCGCUGCUCCCCUUCCCCUGCUCCCCCUCCCCUGCUCCCCUUCCCCUGCUCCCCUUCCCCUGCUCCCCCUCCCCUGCUCCCCCUCCCCUACUCCUUCCCUCCCUUCCCCUCCCCUGCCUCUCCUUGCUGCAUCCCAACAGGCAAUGCAACCAAGUUCACGGACAGAGGUCACAUUCUGGUCACCAUCCGCGUUGUAAGCUUCUCUGAGAACCUGGACGAGACGCACGAGGAGAGCUUUGCAGGCAGAGCAAGGCACGGGGCGGCGGGCAGGGGGCGCAGAGGGGCGUGGGGGGGAGGGGAUGAGAGGGAAGGGAGGCGAGGGAUUAGAGAGAUAGAAGAGGAGGGGGAGGAAGAGGAGGAAGAGGAGGAGGAAGAGGAGGAGGAGGAUGAGCUUUUGAGGGAGUUGAGUUGGAAGGAGCGGGAUGGGAGGAAUAAGGUGGGAGGCAGUGCGGGGGGGGCUGGGGGUUUUGGAGGGAGAAUGGCAGGAGGGGGAAGCAACUAUGGUAGGGUUGUUGGGGGAAAGUGGGGUGGGGGGGAGAGUGUGGGGGGGGUUGUGGGAGGGGCGAGUGGGGAUAGCAGCAUGCAAGGAGUGAGGAUGGGCAUAGCACCACCAGACAUGCAUGCCGACAGACAGCAGCAGGGAGAACCUCGCACACUCUUCCAGCGAGUGUGUUUUGAGAAUUCUCAAAAACCACUCGCACACUCUUCCAGCGAGUGUGUUUUGAGAAUUCUCAAAAACCACUCGCACACUCUUCCUGCAUCCGCUUGCUGCAUCAACCUGGCACACUCUUCCUGCAUACCCACUUCCUCCGUCCCAUCUACCAUCCCCGUGGAUGCAGGCGGACAGCAGCACCAGCACCAGCGGACCCGGUCCCUCUCCCUUCAUUCCCACUUCCUCUGGCCCCUCUUUCCCAACCCUCUCCCUGGCACAGGCAUAGCCCCGGAUGUGCAUGUGCGCAUCUUCCAGCCGUGGAUGCAAGCGGACAGCAGCACCAGCAGGCGGGCAGGAGGUACCGGCAUCGGCCUCACCAUCUCACAGCGCCUCGUCAGUGCCCUUUCUCCCCUUCUCCCCUUCUCCCCUUCUCCCCUUCUCCCCUUCUCCCCUUCUCCCCUUCUCCCCUUCUCUCCUCCCCCUCGCCCCUUCUUGCCCUGCUUCUCGCACCCCUUCUCGCCCUCGCCCUCUCUCGUACCGGCAUCAUCACAGCGCCUCGUCAGUCCCUCCCUCCCUCCCUCCCUCCCUCCCUCCCUCCCUCCCUCCCUCCCUCCCUCCCUCCCUCCCUCCCUCCCUCCCUCCCUCCCUCCCUCCCUCUCGCCCUCCCUCCCUCCCUCCCUCUCGCCCUCCCUCUCGCCAGGGACUCCUCUUGUCCCUUGUCGACUUAAAAACCAAAUCUGUGCUCCCCUGGCUGCCUCUGCUUCUUUCCUUCCUCACCAGCCAGUCUUCUACGUCUUUCAUCCUCUCCCUCGUUCUCUCCCUGCUCCCUCCCCUCCCCCCCUCCCCUCCCUUCUUUUCCCCCUUUCCCCCUUCCCUUUCGGUUCCCCUACUCCCUCUCCCAUCCCUCCCUCGCCCUUCCUCCCUUCCCCCUUCCUCUCAACCCCACCGCAGGUAUCUCUAAUGGGCGGCUCUCUGGGACUCAAGUCAACAGUGGCAGUGGGCAGCACCUUCUAUUUCGACCUCUUCCUGCACGCCCCCACCGCCACCAUCGCCCCCUUCAUUGCAGCCUCCUCCUCCUCCGCCUCUCUCUUCCACCAGCCCGCACCCCCGCGCGAGGGAGGGGGGGGGAGAGCACUGGUGCGGGCACACACGGCCGUGCCGCGAUCGAUGCUAAAGUUCUCGGAUGAUGAGGUUGAGAGAGACGAGUUUGAGAAUCCUAAUCCGGAAAGGCAGCAGCGGCGCGCGCACACAGUUGUGUCUAGGUCUGUGCAGACGUUCUCAGAUGCCAUUGAGAAGGAGAGCGAGAGGCUUUCCGCAUUGAAUGCGGUGCUGCCGGGCACUGGAGGGGUUGUGAUGGGUCAGAGGAGGCUGAUUACGCAGCAGCAGCAGCAGCAGCAGCAGCAGCAGGGGCAGGGGCAGGGGCAGGGGCGGGGAGUGCAGGAGAAGGAUGAUGGACGAGAGGGGCAGGGGCAGCAAGGGAAGGCUGGGAAGGCCGAGAAGGCCGGGCAGGCUGAGGAGGUGAGUGAUGAUGAGGGGAGCGACAUGGAGGAUGGGGAGCGGAGCGAGGGAGAAGAGGAAGAGGAGAGUGAGAAGGAGAGUACGAGGUAUGGAGAGAGUGAUGGUACGGAGGAAGAGGAGGAGAGGGGAGAGGGAGAGGAGGAGGAGGAGGAAGGGGAGGAGGAAGGAGAGGAGGAAGAGGAGGAAGAGGAGGAAGAGGAGGAGGAGGAGGAAGAGGAGGAAGAGGAGGGGGCUGAGGAAGAGGAGGGGGCUGAGGAAGAGGAGGGGGCUGAGGAAGAGGAGGGGGCUGAGGAAGAGGAGGGGGCUGAGGAAGAGGAGGGGGCUGAAGAAGAGGAGGGGGCUGAAGAAGAGGGGCAAUCAAUCUCUGGAGGAGGAGGUGGGAUGAGUAACGGAGGGGAGCACGCAGCUGGGAGAAUUGACACACCCAACUGGCAAUUCUCCCUCGCAGCCAUCCGCUCUAACCGCCUCUUCACGCGCUGCCCAGUGGUCCUCGUAGUCGCCCGAACAGGCCCCGAAGUGGAAGGAGUAGCAGCAGCAGCAGGAGUCGCAGUGCUGCUGCUGAAGCCGCUGCGGAGAGCGUCUGUGGGAGCGGCAUUGGUGCAGGCGCUGGGGCUGUCGAGGCUGGAUUCUUCCCAUGUGGCGAACCCGGGGGCGCCGGUCGGGGCGACAGUUGCGGAGAAACUGCAGCAGAUGAUGCGGGGGAAGCGGAUUCUGUGUGUGGAUGACAACAUGGUGAACCUGAGGGUAGCAUGCAAGAUGCUGUCCAAGUACGGUAUAUCCACCGCCACAGCCUCCAGUGGCCAGCGCGCGCUACAGCUGCUACAGCCGCCGCACCAGUUCGACCUCGUCUUCAUGGACCUACAGAUGCCUGAGAUGGAUGGCUACGAGACGUGUCGCAGAGGGAGACAGCUGGAGGAGCAGCACAAAUCCCCACGCGUGCCCAUCGUUGCUUUGACAGCAGACGUGCUCAAGGGCACCAAGGAGAAAUGCAGCCAGGCCGGCAUGGACGGGUCAGUGAAAGGCAGCGGGCGAGUCAGUAAAGGGCAGCGGGCGAGUGGGGCAGGGAGGCAGGGGGAACUGGGGGGCAUGGGGAGGGGGGUUGGGAUGGGCAUGGGCAUGCGUGCUCAAGGGCACCAAGGAGAAAUGCAGCCAGGCUGGCAUGGACGGGUCAGUGAAAGGCAGGGGGCGACAGGGGCAGGGGGCCAUGGGAACAGGGGGGGCAUGGGAACAGGGGGGCUUGGGAACAGGAGGGCCAUGGGAACAGGGGGGCAUGGGAACAGGAGGGCCAUGGGAACAGGGGGGCAUGGGAACAGGAGGGCCAUGGGAACAAGCGGGCAUGGAAACAGGGGGCCAUGGGAACAGGGGGCAUGGAAACAGGGGGGCAUGGAAACAGGGGGGCAUGGAAACAGGGGGCCAUGGAAAGGGGGAUAG